AUGGCUCAAGACGACUCCAUGGAUGCUGAGGAAACCAUUUCAGCGUGGACUGUUCAGCCCUCAGAUGAUCAGUUCCACGCGGUGAUCGACUGUGGAGCUACCGAGACGGUUGCGUCCUUGCACGCACUGACGGCCAUUAUGAAUCGCCGCCAGUCCAAGUUUGGCUAUGAGGAGAUCCGUGUCAACCAGGACGUCCGGAAGACAUUCAAGUUUGGAAAUGGACGCACUCUCCAAGCCACUUCAUACGUUGAGAUCCCACAGAGCAUUGGUGGCACCCAUACUUGGCUUGGAGUACAUGCUCUGGACACGGACGAUCGCUAUGUGCCACUGCUCCUUGGCAUGAGGACCCUUGAGAGGCUCGCAGCGGUGAUCGAUUUCGGCAGCAAGACUGCCAGCUUUUGUGCUGUGAGUGAUGAAUUGGUUUUGGGUUCGAGUCUGAAGUUUGCGAGGGCACGAACCCGGGGAUUUCACACGAUAGCCAUGUCCGGGACCCCGUCGACUACAUGCAGUCAACCCGAGACACCGAAGAAGGUGACGGCGAAGGGGAAAUCCAAAGGGCAGAAGAACCAGAAGCUGCCCGACGACCAGAUCUACGACUUCGCCAGGAAGGAAGGGCCGGAUCCCAGAGAUCCUCGGUUCAAAGGAGGACCGUGCAAGGGCCAGCAUGUGGAAGCCCCCUUCGGACGUGGCUCUCCAUCCGGGAAGAACGGAUGGGCAAUGUGGAAGACAUGUCAGAAUUGCAUGCUUCGCCUCGAGUACAUCCCAGCAUAUGGCGCUCAUGCCAAGUACAGGAGUGCAGGUCCUCUCAGCACCGACACCAAGGACCAGCUGAUCGAGAAGGCGAACGAGAUCGAGAAGGACCCUUCUGUGCUUCGUACAGCGGAGGUGGCUUUGGAUGGCGCAGAGAGGAGUCUCCAUCGACGUUUGGAGACCAUCCAGAAGCAGAAGGAGGCCCUGAAGAAGGACAAGACCAAGGACGAGUGCAGAGGCACUGGAAGCAGCAGCGGAGGAGUCGGACGGCUCUUGGACCGAGAUGCCUCCGACGGGUGCGAACUGACCACGCCAGAGAGCGUGAAGUGUCUGGUGGCCGAGACGAUGAAUGACACUACGACGGCCAUCAAUGACAGCUUGCAUGAAUUUGUGAACCUUUCCUUUGACUCCAUGCCUGGAGUGGUACUGUUUUCUCCUGAAGCGCGCAGCCUAGAUCUUUUGGAAGUGUGCUGUCCUCCUGAUAGCGCACUCGAGCUGAAGGAUUUCUUCAAGGAGGUCCAUGAGAAGAAGCAGAACCUCUUCCGCACAUUGCUCCAUGGUUGCCAAGUAGGAGUUGUGAAUGACAAGAAUGAGCCCGUGCUGAAGCCCUGGACGAUCUAUGUGACUGACCGUGCCAUGGCUUCCGCUUUGCACCUUGUAUGCCCUCAUGAUCACCAACACGGAGAAGCUAUGGGAGGCCAGUCGGCCAAGAAAACAGGCUUCUACCCUCCUCGAAUGGUGAGAAUCAUUGCUAGGCAGAUCCUACGACGUGACCUACCCCCUCACGUUGAAACUGUGCAAGAAAAAGAUGAAGAGGCACUCUUAGCCUAUGGGGUGUCUGAGAUUGAGACUGUUGUGCCUGAUGGUGUCUCUCCAGUCGAAUGGAAGAGAGUUUUAGCAUUGGUCAAGAGACUUCAUGUCCGAGCCGGUCAUCCCUCCACAAGUUUGGUUGCCACCCUGAAAGCGAGAGGAGCACAUCCCCUCAUCACCUUGGCGGCCAAGUACAUGCAUUGUGAUGACUGUGCAGAGACCAAGCGAUCUGUUCCUGCAGCCCGAGCGAGCUUUAAUCGUUCGGACACUCUUUGGCACACCUUGCAAGUUGACAAUGCGUACUUCAAGGUAGGCACCAAGACGGUGACCGCCAUGAUCAUGGUUGAUGAGGCUUCUACUUUCAUGGUACCCCAUCUCCUACAUCGGCUUGACGAAGGAGAACAUGAGAAUGCCACUGCUGAACAGGUGGUAGAUGCCUUGCAGAACUCCUGGAUUCGAUUCUUUGGACAUCCUUCGGUUCUUCGACUUGAUCCCGAAGGAGCCUUUCGCUCACGGCUGCUAGAAGACUUCUGCGGCACCCGUGACAUCGAGCUUCAGCCUUGUGCAGCUGAAGCCCACUAUCAGAUCGGUGUUGUGGAGCGUGCCAUUGGGACACUAAGGAAAUCGGUGGAGCGCUUCCUUCGCAGCAACGCAGUUGAUCCCUGGGAGGCCAUUGUGACCAUGUGUGCUGAGCAAGAGUACAAGAAGAACAUGGCUCAAGAGGCCAUCAAUCGAGCCUGGAACUCCAAGGCUCAAAAGCGUGAGAUUUGGACUCCUGGCGCACUCAUUUACUACAAGCGAUAUAAGGCACCUUCCACGUCUUUGGCGUCACACAAGGAUGUUGAUGUGACAAGACGACAAAUAGCUCGCUGGUAUGGCCCAGGUCGUGUGGUCGCUACUGAGAGCUUCUUGGACGGCGACUCAGCGAGGCCUGGUCACAUUGUCUGGAUUACUGCUGGCGGUCGCUUGAAGCGUGUUGCUCCUGAACAAUUGCGCCUGGCUAGCGAGACAGAGAAGAUUCUGGCUGAGGCUGACGGUCCACCUCGCUUUGAUUGGACCAUUCAAGGUAUGCUGCAAGAAGUUGAUCGUGGACAAUUUGAUGUUUACGAUGAUUUGCUGCAACCGAGCCCUGCGACUCCGGCCCGGCGAUCUCGAAGCGCAGCGCCACCAGUGAGAGAUUUUUCGCCCGGCCGCUAUCUCAGCGACCCUUCCUGCGAAUUUCCAACUAGCCAUGGAGCUGCUGGCAAGAGCUGGACUGGUGAGCUCAAACGCAAUGAGCUUUUCAAAAAGGCUCAAGAACGGCACGGUGAAGCGAAGAUGGUUGAGGAAACCUCAUUUGCUUGCGAGUCACUUCAACCUGAAGAUGGUCAAGGUGAACCUCCUUUGUUUGUUGCCAUGUCUUUGGAGCUGCCCACAGAUGAAAAGAGCAUGAAGCAGUUCAAGCGAGACCCAGUGACUUGGACAGCGAACAAGUUGAAGAAACAUGUUGAAGUGAAGAUGGAGCAUCUUACUCCAGAACAAGUUGAAGACAUGAAGAAGGCCAAGUCUUUGGAAGUUGGUCAAUGGAUCCAAGCGGCUGCCUGCAAAGCUCUUGAGGAGCACCAGAUC